AGUCAAAAGCACACAUGAAGGAAAAAUUCUUAGCUGAUUUACGGAAAGCAAGGGAGGUUUACUCAGGUGACGAACUAAAAAAACAGUUACAUAAUCUCAGAAGACGUCUCGAUGAUCCCAACAUAUUGUCGGGUGAUGUUGUCCUAAACAUGCUCAUAUCAUUACGAGAAAUUCAGGAUUAUGAUGCAAUGGUCCAGCUUGUUGACGACCUUAAAACUAUACCUAACCGCAAGAUUUAUACCAGUACCCCAGCAAUCAGAUUUCUGUAUGGCUUUGCUCUAAAUAGACGGAACAUGGAGGGUGACCGUGAAAAAGCAUUGUCAGUCAUAACAAAAGCCCUAGAGAAAAAGGAAAACCAGGUUCCUGAUAUGGUGUGUCUUUGUGGUCGUAUUUAUAAGGAUAAAAUUUGUGGAAAUCUCAGCACACAGAUCAAGACAGUUUGCACCAUGCGAUUUUUCUGGUAUAGGAAAGGCUUUGAAGUCCAGCCAAAUGAGUAUGCAGGAAUUAACCUGGCAACACUACUCGUGAUUGCAGGAAAUGACUUCUCCAAAUCUUCAGAGCUUCAGCAUAUAGCUGUAGCAAGGAAGCAGCUAUUGAUUUCAAGCAAAAGAGAUAGAAUUGUGCCUGAAGCUGAUUUUGAACUGGAACUAGCAGCUUUGAUUUAA